AUGACGGUUAGUGAAUCAGGUAUCAGUAUUGCUAUUGAUCGUGGUGGAACCUUCACCGACGUGAUCUACAAGUACGGGAAAAAGGAAGGCACGUUCAAGCUUCUGUCGGUUGAUCCUUCAAAUUACAAAGACGCAAACAUUGAAAGUAUCAGAAGAGUUCUGGAACUAACUUCUGGCAAAUCUAUACCCAGAAACCAACUCCUUGAUACUUCCUCUAUCUCAUCUAUUCGGCUUGGAACCACAGUGGCCACCAAUGCCCUUCUGGAACGUAAAGGGUCAAGAUGCGCUUUAGUGACUACCAAGGGUUUCAAAGAUCUGCUUCAUAUUGGAGACCAGUCGAGACCUGACCUGUUUGCGCUUAACAUUGUGAAACCUGGUGUUCUUUUCGAAAAGGUUGUUGAAGCAGAUGAGCGUGUCACUAUGCCAGCAUUCUUGGUUGACCCAACUGGCUAUGAUGCACGCGAUCUGUUGGACAGUAAAAGAUACGUUGAGGGUAAAACGAAAGAAGUGUUUGAAAUUAUCAAGCCUUUGGACACUGAGAAAUUGACUUGUGAUCUUCUGAAAUUGAAAGAACAAGGAAUAAAUUCCCUUGCCAUUGUCUUCAUACAUGGUUACAAUUAUCAAGAGCACGAAAAAAAAGCUGGCGAGAUUGCGAAAAGUCUUGGAUUUGGAAACAUUUCGCUUUCUCAUGAACUGCUACCUGUCAUCAAAACUCUUCCCAGAGGCCAGUCAACGGUUGUCGAUGCCUAUUUGACUCCUAUAGUGAAGAAGUACAUUGACGGCUUCUUAGCUGGGUUUGAGCCAGGCUUUGAGAAGCACACAAGAGUCGAGUUCAUGCAAUCUGAUGGUGGGCUGUGCUCCUGGAGAAACUUUUCAGGACUCCGUUCGUUGCUUUCAGGCCCAGCUGGAGGCGUUGUUGGUGAGGCGAAGACAUGUUACGACCGCGACAACAAAAUUCCUGUGAUUGGAUUUGAUAUGGGUGGAACUUCAACAGAUGUCUCGAGAUACGCUGGCGAGUUUGAAUUCUCCUUUGAGUCUAUUACUGCUGGGAUCAACAUUGCUGCUCCACAGCUGGAUAUCAACACUGUUGCAGCUGGAGGCGGUUCCAUCCUUGAAUACGUCAAUGGUGUGUUCAAGGUUGGACCAGAAUCUGCUUCUGCUCAUCCGGGUCCCGCAUGCUACAAGAAAGGUGGACCUUUGACGGUGACUGACGCUAACCUAUUCACAGGAAGAAUUUUGCCUGAAUUUUUCCCCAAGAUUUUUGGACCGGGCGAGAAUGAACCUCUCGACUAUGCCAUCACCAAAAAGAAGUUUGAGCAGCUAGCUCACACUAUCAAUAGAGACAAUCCAGGCUUUCCCAAGACUGCUUAUGAAAUUGCGCUUGGAUUCUUGAAAGUCGCCAACUAUCAAAUGGCAAAGCCAAUUAGAGAGCUGACUGAAGCCAAGGGGCACGACGCAUCUGCUCAUUCUAUGGCCUCUUUUGGUGGUGCUGGAGGGCAACACGCAGCGUCAAUUGCAAAAAUUCUGAAGAUCAAGAAGGUGCUUAUUCAUAGGCACUCUUCAAUCUUAUCCGCGUACGGUAUAUUUUUGGCAGAUGUGGUCAACGAGCAGCAGAUUCCUUGUGCAAAAGUAUACUCUGAUUUCACCAGAAAUGAGUUGAUAAGAGAGGCAGACAAGUUGAAGAAAAAAGCUCUCAUGGAGCUGGAAGCCCAAGGUGUUGAUCCAGCGACUGUGUCCUCGACUGUUUACCUCAACAUGGGCUAUAAGGGCUCAGAUACCAAAAUCAUGGUUGCACGGCCAGCUGACGACGAUUUUCUGUCCGUGUUUUAUAAGACACACGAAAGGGAGUUUGCUUUUAAUGAUUACGACAAGCCUGUUCUAAUUACUGAUGUUAGAGUCAGGAGCACUGGUAAUACGUCCAAUGAAUCCAAUGAAAGGUCUCCGUAUAAAGACUACGACUCAGUGGAAAAAGUUAUUGUUAAAUCAGCAGUUGAAGAGAAAACCACUGCUAUUGUUUUUGACGAAGGCGUUCUUGACUCCAAGGUUUACCUUUUGGAGAAACUAGCUCCUGGAACUGUGGUGGCUGGCCCAGCACUUAUUCUAGAUGAGACGCAAACCAUAGUGGUGACCCCCGAUGCUUCUGCCACCAUUCUUCCGAGACAUGUUGUCUUGGACGUUAAUGUGGAAUCUAAAAUCCAAAUCAGCACGGACUAUAUCGAUCCUAUCCAGCUUUCAAUUUUCAGCAAUAGAUUCAUGUCCAUUGCAGAGGACAUGGCGCGCACGUUACAAAAAAUCGCUGUGAGUGCCAACAUCAAAGAAAGAUUGGAUUUCUCCUGCGCUCUAUUUGACAAUGAGGGAAACUUGACAGCGAAUGCUCCCAAUGUGCCGGUCCAUCUUGGCUCGAUGUCCAGCGCUAUCAAGUAUCAGCUUGAGUAUUGGAAGAAUGACCUUCACGAAGGCGACAUUCUCUGCACAAACUCUCCUAGCGUCGGAGGAACUCACCUUCCUGAUAUUACAGUGAUUUCUCCAGUGUUUUACCAGAACAGAAUUCAGUUUGUGGUUGCGGCUAGAGCACACCAUUCGGAGAUUGGUGGUUCCUCUCCUGGCUCAUCAUCGUCCUACGCCAGAGAGAUCUACGAGGAAGGCGUCAACAUUGAAACAUGGAAGAUUGUGGAAAAGGGAAAACUGGAUUACGAAGGACUCGACUAUCACUUCAACGUGGCACCUAGAAAGUAUGGCGUUUCCGGAACUAGAAACAUUGAUGAUAACAUUUCAGACUUAAAAGCUCAAAUUGCAUCCAAUCAAAGAGGCAUUAAUCUUUUGAAGGAGCUGUUCAACGAGUACGGAAGCGAGACAGUUCUAUUUUACAUGCGAAAUGUCAAAAAGACUGCUGAAAUGGGAGUUCGGAAGUUUUUAAUGAAGUUUGCAAGCGAGAAUGCUGACCGACUGCCCUUAACUGCGGUGGAUUACCUUGACGAUGGAACAAAAGUGCAGGUCAGAAUUGACAUCAACCCACAAGACGGGUCCGCGGUGUUUGAUUUCACGGGAACAUCCCUUGAAUCCUACAGCAACUUGAACGCCCCAAAGUCCGUCACGGCAUCUGCAGUCAUUUAUGUUCUUAGAUGUCUGGUUAAUCUUGAUAUUCCGCUGAAUCAAGGCUGCUUGGACCCGUGCACACUUAUCAUUCCGGAAAACUCCCUAAUCAACCCAAGUAAAUUCGCUGCUGUUUGUGCCGGUAAUGGUAUGACAUCUCAAAGGGUUACCGAUUGUCUCUUCAAGGCGUUCGGUGCAACCUCAGCCACGGGAGGAUGCAUGAACGGUCUCAACUUCGGAUCAGGUGGUGAAAACGAAAAGGGUGAGCUCAUUAAGGGGUUUGGAUACACCGAAACGAUUGGACAAGGCAACUGCGCUGGUAUAGUCGAUAAAGACGGCAUUCGGACUGGGUUCCACGGAUUUUCGGGAACGCAGACCAACAUGACCAACACCAAGAUCACGGACCCAGAAAUACUUGAGCAACGGUAUCCCUGUCUCCUGCGCCAGUACUGUAUUCGCGAAAACAGUGGUGGACGCGGCAAAUGGAACGGCGGCAACGGUCUCAUUCGAGAGAUUCAGUUCAGCUCCCCAGUGCACGUGUCUCUGGUUACGCAACGUCGCGUUUUUGCGCCGUGGGGUGUUUACGGAGGAGAGAACGGAAAGAAGGGAGAGAACUAUCUGGGAAGAAAUCGAGGCAACGGCGUGAUUCAGUGGAUCCAGCUGCCGUCACUUGCUGAGAUUGCAAUUCGACAAGGAGACAUCGUGAAGGUGUUGACCCCGGGGGGAGGCGGAUUUGGCAAACCGGAUGACACCGACGAAUACUGGGGUGUUGGAGUAGAGACGAGCAAGUACAAGCACGUGCCAGUUUCGUGUGGGACUGUGGGAAACUUGCAGAGUGCUCUAAAUUGCUCGCAAUAA